AUGGUGCCCAAACAUGCCGAAGACGGUUACGGUUCUUUACACCGUGCUGGACAACUCGAGUCGUACUUUGCUCCGGUGGCCGUAAGGGAGGCCAUCAACCAGGGGCUUGACGAGGAAAUGGGCCGGGACGAGCGGGUGUUUCUCAUGGGAGAGGAGGUUGCACAGUACCAGGGGGCGUACAAGGUCACCAAGGGGCUCUACCAGAAGUACGGGGAGAAGAGGGUGAUCGACACCCCCAUCACGGAGAUGGGAUUCACUGGGCUCGCCACCGGGGCGGCCUACAAGGACCUUCGUCCGGUGGUGGAGUUCAUGACGUUCAACUUUUCCCUCCAGGCCAUCGACCAGAUCCUCAACUCGGCGGCAAAGCAGCUGUACAUGUCUGCGGGGGACUGCCCGGUACCCGUCGUGUUCCGUGGGCCUAACGGGGCUGCUUCCGGCGUAGGCGCGCAGCACUCUCAGUGUUUCGCGGCGUGGUACUCGUCGGUCCCGGCACUGAAGGUGGUCGCCCCGUGGUCCAGCGAGGACGCCAAGGGCCUCAUCAAGUCCGCGAUUCGGGACCCCAACCCGGUGGUGUUCCUGGAGAACGAGUUGCUUUACGGGGUGCCGUUCCCCAUGACGGACGAGGCCCAGGGGGAGGACUUCGUGAUUCCCAUCGGGAAGGCGAAGGUCGAGCAGGAGGGUACGGACGUGUCGAUCGUGACCUUCUCGAAGAUGGUGGGCACCUCGCUCGAGGCCGCGGAAAUGCUAGCGGCGCAGGGCAUUAGCGCGGAGGUAAUCAACCUCCGCACGUUGCGCCCGCUGGACUACGGCACGGUGAUCAAGUCGGUCCAGAAGACGAACAGGCUCGUGACGGUGGAGGAAGGCUGGCCGCAGAACGGCAUCGGGGCCGAUAUCUCGGCCGUUGUUUGCGAGGAGGCAUUUGACCACCUCGACGCACAAAUCGAGCGGGCAAACUAGGACACCGUACCUAGUAUUUUAGGGGUUUUAGAUUGUGAUACUUUUGUAUUGGUAAACAUAUAACCCUAUACACGUCUUAUGGUUUUGAUAUGAUGAAUAAAUCUGUACAAAAAUAAUAUGUAGACUAUAUUCUUACAAUAAGCGCCCGAACAAAUGCGCGGGGGGGGGGGGAGGGUACUCAUAGUCGUGCAUUCCGUAGUCGUUAGACCAUUGACCUCGCAUCCCUACAAAGCCGGGACGGAGCACGCCGGGUUCUCAACGGACCAGGCUCUCACAUCACCAAGCGCGAAGCGCCAUGAGAUAUUCGGCGAGUCGCAUGAAGGGUGCGCUGCAUCGUGCUAAGGGUUUUCGGCAUCUUGUGCUUACUUCCUUGCAUUCGGAUGACAGCUGCGUAUGUCNUUGCCUCCAAAAAAAAAGAGGGGCUCUCCUCGUUUUUUUUUGUUGUCCGCGAGAGACCCCCCUCGGUUCCAUACAUCCGUUGAUGCCUUUUCCUCUUCGGUUUUGCAAAAUGUAUUUCGCGCGCGAGGUUUUAGGUCUUGUGCCGGCGACUCCGCAGCUUCGAUAUGUGCAGUAUGCCUUUGUUCGAUCCCUGUCUAUUACUGAUCUAUCCGUCCACUUUGAAGUUUGUCUUGGGGCGGGUCUCGCCAAAACCACAGCGUUUCCCCCCCGACUCCCACAAGAAUAUUGAACCCUUGGACAUCGUUGGGUGCGGGCAGGCAUUCGCCCU